UGUAGGCGGCAGCGCUCCCCGCUUUCCCCGGCUCUCAUUUAGGGCGCAGCACUGGAAACGGGGAUCGCUGUGAGCGCUCUGAGGUUAGAAGUCCGGCGGCGACAUGAGCUCGAGGCCGGUGUUCCUGAGCGCGGCCGAUGUACAGGACCACCUCCGCAGCUCCAGCCUGCUCAUCGCGCCUCUGGAGACCGCUCUGGCCAACUUCUCCAGCGGCCCCGACGGAGGGGUCGUGCAGCCCGUGCGCACCGUGGUGCCAGUCGCCAAGCACAGCGGUUUCCUGGGGGUCAUGCCCGCCUACAGUGCCGCAGAGGACGCCCUGACCACCAAGCUGGUCACCUUCUAUGAGGGUCACAGCAACACCUCCGCUGUCCCCUCCCAUCAGGCUACAGUGCUGCUCUUCCAGCCGAACAAUGGCUCCCUUCUGGCGGUCAUGGAUGGAAAUGUCAUAACUGCAAAGAGAACAGCUGCAGUGUCUGCCAUUGCCACCAAGUUUUUGAAACCUCCCAACAGUGAAGUGCUGUGUAUCCUUGGAGCUGGGGUCCAGGCUUACAGCCAUUAUGAGAUCUUCACAGAACAGUUCUUCUUUAAGGAGGUGAGAAUAUGGAACCGCACCAAAGAAAAUGCAGAGAAGUUUGUGAACUCAGUGCCAGGAGAGGUGCGGGUCUGUUCAUCGGUCCAGGAGGCUGUGACAGGGGCAGAUGUGAUCAUCACAGUCACCAUGGCAACAGAACCCAUUUUGUUUGGUGAAUGGGUCAAGCCUGGGGCUCACAUCAAUGCCAUCGGCGCCAGCAGACCUGACUGGAGAGAGCUGGAUGACGAGCUCAUGAAACAGGCUGUGCUGUAUGUGGAUUCCCAGGAGGCCGCCCUGAAAGAGUCUGGAGAUGUCCUCUUGUCAGGGGCUGAGAUCUUCGCUGAGCUGGGAGAAGUGGUGAAGGGAGUGAAACCAGCCCACUGUGAGAAGACUACCGUGUUCAAGUCUCUGGGAAUGGCGGUGGAAGACAUGGUUGCAGCCAAAUUAGUGUAUGAUUCCUGGUCAUCUGGUAAAUAAAACAAAGGAACUUUGUGUCAAGUGGAUGCUACAGCUCAAAGGGUGUUAACACUAGUUGUCUCACAAUCUUUUCAUAAUCUCUAGUUUAAAAGAAAGGUUCUAGCCCAGUGAUCUGUAGUUUUAUGAGUACUGUGUCUUACCUUAAACAGUGAGAUCCUCUUUUGUGUUUGUAGUUUGAAAACAAAACUAAGUGGCCGUUCUGUGUCAUACCAGAUUAUACUAGCGCUCCCUUUGCCCUGUAUUUCACUGCCUUUUGUAAUUCCCUGAAAUAAAGCUUUUUCCAAUUCUGCA